AUGACACCACCAGGACGAAAGAUUGUGGCCGCUCAUUUGGCGGACCACGAACACGAUGAAAACCGAGGACUAAAGGGCUACGUCAAAGCAACAGACUAUGCGCUUCCCUACAUGUCGCAGUGGUCACGAAUCAACGAUGAGGACGUCAAGAGCGAGCUACUCCGCCAUAUAAACUGUGGCUAUCUCUCCACGCAUGGCAUUCCGCCCACUCUCCUUGCAUUGAAGCAACAUGCCCAAUCUCUCUGCGCCCUCAUCCAAUUGCUGCAGCCAGACGUCAAGGUCGCCGAGAUUCAAGUUGAUGGCGCUCCUUUUGCCAGUAGCGACUUUGCCCAGGGAGGUUCCAAGGGUAAGGGUACGACCAGUGCCUCAUCGGCCGACGACGAUCUCGCCAUGAAGUUCGAACUGAACUCAGCUUUCGAUUUCCUCAACGACCUUCGCACACCUUACCACACUGACGAUAUCUACCACCACAAGCCCCUUGUCUCGUUGAUCAACGAAGUCCGUGGGCGCAAUGAGGUGUACGGCACCGAUUACCACUGCCCCUUGACUCAGAUCCAGCACUAUUCGCCCCCCGUAACUUCCAAUACCACUACCGGCCAGGAAAACCAGCCAAGGGAACUUCGCCCCUACUCCAAUCUCCAAAAUCUGCUUAUUCACACCAAUUCCUGCCUGGAGCGCCUCGACCACGAGUACACUGCCACCGGCGGUUUGCUGAGCGUGCUCCCCACCGACGCGGCCCAUGACACCGAAGAGCUCCAACACGCGCGCACCACCUUGCUCGGCCAAUGGCUUCUCUUCACGCAGCACCUCGUCGCGCGCAUGCACGAGCUCGAGCGCAGCUACGGCAACGCGCUCGACGCGCUGGCCGGCGAAGCAGCCAUUCCGCACCAGGUGCUCAGCAAGCUGGGGCCCGACGGCCGGACGGGCCGGGUGGUGGCCUAUCCACAGGACCAGUACAUCCUCGUCAACUCCGGGGAGGACGUUUACGAGUACAUCCACAGCCUGCUCGACAAGCGCGAGGCGGUCCUGCAGGCCAAGGAGCGAGUCUGGCGCAAAAAUGGCGCGGUCGGAGAAGAAAUGUGGCACAAGAACCCACAGACGGGUGCCGGCGCUGACAACGGCACCGACGACAACAACAACAACAACAGCCUCUUCGACCAAAUGGAAAAAGUCGACGGAGACCUCAUCGGCGCCUACUUCAGCCGGGGGAUCGUGCAAGUGGACGUCACCACGCGGUACUACCGCCUCGCCAACUCAGGCAGGAGCGUCCUCUUCGUCGUGCCCGCCCACGCUGUCCACCCGGGCGUGGAGCACACGCGCCUGCUGGAAACCCAGCCGACCAUCAUGGCGACGGUGCAGCCGCGCUACCCGCCGCGCGCGUCCGAGCUGGAGAUGAAGUACAACCGCAAGCUGCGCGAGGCGAGCAAGAUCCAGCAGGAGAAUCUGGACUUGCACUCCGAGAUGGGAUCCCAAAAGGAGCAGAUCCGUACCCUGAAAGCGGAGAUGGAGAGGCUGUCACACACGAGGGAUGCCUUGUUGAAUGGGCUGGGUAAAGGGGAGGUGGAGGCAAAGAAGGAGGCGGAGACGUUGCGGAAGAGGGCGGAGAAGGCGGAGAGGUUGGUGAGGGAGUUGAAGGAGAGGAAGAAGGAGAUGCAGAGUAAGGUGUCCAAGUUGACGAAGCAGAGGGAUAGCUUGAUGCUGGCUGUGGAUGAAGCCUCGGAUGCGGAAUUUGAUAUGAAUGUGAGUUGGGGCGAGUAGAUGUCUCCUUUGGCGGCUGUAAUGGAGUUGGAGGUGGUACAUGUUUGUUGACUUUUGCGGUAC